AUAUGUAUAUAAGUGUUGGGGAAUCAGCCACAAUUAGAACAAGAAGUCUACAGUGCGUGCGGAAAGCACUAUUUCCGAGAUUUAGUGGUUUCAGAACACGGCGAUGAUAUGAUGAGGUGUGUUUGUCUAGAUAUCGCGGCCUGCCUUGUGUUAGUUCUACACGUUUCGGACACGAGAGGUGCCAAUAUACCUACAUCAACACAGAUUAAGUCGCUCACGAGGGAAAGGACCAACGAGUGGGACAUCAGAGAAGUGUGUAACAUACUGAACAAGAUAUCGUACCUAUUGGGAGCUAUUGUUGUGAUACUCUGUUUCGGGUUUGUGGGAACACAGGCACUGGUUUACAGAGCGAUGACGCGUAAGCAGCAUCUGCAAGAUGAGCCACACAUAUAUAACACCUUUCAAACAGACAGACAGAUCAGCAGGACUCACAGCUACACACGAGUGGUUCCUGGAGCGUCCACACAGGCACCAUCGACAGACAUCAGCAGUAUAAGACACAGUUAUGUCGAGAUUAUCCCCCCUGAUUCUGCUGAGUACACCAGACCCGUCUGCCAGCAAUGCCCAACCAACGUAUGAGUUCCGAUCAAGCUGUUGUGGGAUAACCAUGUAUUUAUGUUAUCGCGUGAUAUUUUUUAAUGUAUUAAUGUAUUUAUGUUUUCACAUUUAGAGACGCUCGCCCAUACAAGGUGUUGGGUUGCCUAGGGAUUAAGGCUUAUAGUUAUCACGCCGAACAUCUGUUCUCGACUGUUUAGAGUGGGUACAAUCAUUGGUAGCCGCGUGAUACCAAUGGUCGUUAAAAUAUGGUAUUUGUUGUUACUUUGCCUGGCGCUCGGCAUUAAGGGGAUAAAACAAGGACUGGUCGGCUCGGAGUCAGUAUAUUGUGUCUAUGUGGGGUAUUCAUGUGGAACUGCGGCAGGGUAUUUCAGGGAGCUAGCACUAUGAAGUCAGCACUAGUCCGGACAAGUACAAGCACACACACACACGCACGCACGCACG